UUUGAGGGUGUGGUCUCCACUCUCCCCAAUGCAUCAUCUUUUUCACUCUCGACGUUAUCCUUUCCUUCCUUCCCUGAAAUUCAACUGCCGAACUCAAUCUUUCUCUCUCAGUUCUUCGAAAUUUCUUCUUUUAUACUCUAAUCUUCAGUCAAACUCCAACCCUUCGAUUCCCCAUCUUCCAUUUUUCUUCCAAUCUUCUUGAAUUCCCAACCCUCCUAAAACCCAAGCCAGUUCCUUAGCCAAAUAAACCAGAAAUUCCAGAGGCGCCACCACAGCAGCAUUCCCUUUAGAAUCAGUGGAUAUCGUGUGUUGGGUAUGUCCUGUUAGUUUGCGAUUUCUGUCCUAAAUAUAUAGUUGCUUAGAAUUUUGUUAAUCCAUUUUUCAAGUUUGUUAGAUAAGUAUGCAAGGAUUUCUUACCACUUUCCCCAAUCAAAUUUUCUUCAAACCCUUCAUUUUUAAACCCGAUAUUGUUCAUAAGCUUCCAUUAACGAAAACUAGGGUCUUAGCUCGAAAGCUUGAGGUGGGUUUUUCGAGAAGAUAUUGUUUAAGUGUAGGAAGAGAUAAUACUGCUGUUAGUUCUAGGAGUGUUGAUGGUGGCGAUGAUAGCGGUGAACAAGAAGAGAAAGGAGAUGGGAAUUUGGAUUGGGAGUUGGAGUUUCUUGGGGAGCUUGACCCUUUGGGUUUCCAGGCCCCUAGGAAGAGGAAAAAGGAGCAAAAUGCUAAGUUGGUUGAAAGUGAGGGAAUGGAUUGGUGUGUGAGGGCGAGAAAGACUGCGCUGAAAGUGAUCGAGGCGAAGGGAUGGUCUGAGGCAAUGGAGGAUAUGAUUACUGUAAAGAAGAAAAAGAAGAAGAACAAGAAGAAGGUGGGGAAAGUAGAGAAAAUGGGAAAGAAAAUCAAGGAAAUUGAAGAAGAUUUAGAUGUAGAUUCGGAGGAAGACUUUGAUAUGCCGGACAUGAAUAGUCUGGACAGUGCUAGUCAUUUAAGAAGAACUGUGAGUGUGCUGGGGGGUGGGAUGUUUGAAGAGAAGAAGGAGAAAACUAGGGAAAAGUUUGUUCAGAGGCUAUCCCAAUUCUCGGGGCCAUCAGAUCGCAAGAAAGAAAUCAACUUGAAUAGAGCAAUUAUUGAGGCACAGACUGCGGAAGAAGUGUUGGAAGUUACUGCGGAGACAAUCAUGGCUGUUGGGAAGGGCUUGAGUCCCUCACCUCUCUCUCCUUUAAACAUUGCCACUGCUCUUCAUCGGAUUGCUAAGAACAUGGAGCAAGUUGCAAUGACAGAGACACGUAGGUUGGCUUUUGCUCGUCAAAGAGAGAUGUCUAUGCUUGUGGGAAUAGCAAUGACAGCCUUGCCAGAGUGCUCAGCUCAAGGUAUCUCUAAUAUCUCGUGGGCGUUGUCUAAGAUCGGCGGUGAUCUACUUUACUUGUCAGAAAUGGAUAGAGUUGCGGAGGUGGCCUUAACCAAGGUCGAGGAGUUUAAUUCACAGAAUGUGGCUAAUGUUGCCGGUGCUUUUGCUUCAAUGAAGCACUCCGCUCCUGAUCUCUUUUCUGAAUUAUCAAAACAGGCAUCAGAUAUAAUUCACACUUUCCACGAGCAAGAGCUUGCUCAGGUGUUGUGGGCUUUUGCUUCGUUAUCAGAGUCUGCUGAACGUUUGCUGGACUCCUUAGAUAUUGUUUUCAAAGAGUCCAGCCAAUUUUUAUGCUUCUCAAGCAAAGAAAAAUCAGAAUUUUACAGAGAAAAGAGUGUGGACAACAUAGAAGAUCUUGACUUUGAUGGCAGCGAUGUAAGCGCUCCCGUGCUCAGUUUCCGUAGGGAUCAGCUUGGGAGUAUAGCAUGGUCUUAUGCUGUUUUUGGACAAAUGGAUCGGACUUUCUUUUCCCAUGUGUGGAGAACUCUGAGCCAAUUUGAAGAGCAAAGGAUUUCAGAGCAGUAUAGGGAAGAUAUCAUGUUUGCGUCUCAGGUUCAUCUAGUGAACCAGUGCUUGAAGCUUGAGUACCCGCACCUUCAUUUAUCUCUACGGGAAGAUCUUGGGGAGAAAAUUGCUCGGGCUGGUAAAACUAAGAGAUUUAAUCAGAAAAUGACAUCGUCAUUUCAAAAGGAGGUCGCUCGUCUUCUUGUCAGCACUGGUCUUGAUUGGGUCAAAGAAUAUGUGGUGGACGGGUACACUCUAGAUGCCGUCGUGAUUGAUAAGAAGGUUGCUAUGGAGAUUGAUGGCCCAACGCAUUUCUCAAGAAAUACUUGGAUUCCCUUGGGACAUACUAUGUUGAAACGCCGCUACAUAACUGCUGCUGGUUGGAAAGUAGUGUCAGUGGCUCAUCAAGAGUGGGAAGAACUUCAAGGUGGUUUUGAGCAGCUCGAGUACCUGCGAGAAAUUCUGAAGGAGCACUUGUAUGUAGACAACACCGUCCAAGUAUAGACAGUGGGAAAGGUAGUUUCUCAUGGAAUUGACUUGUUGAAAAUUCUUGGCCGAUGAGUACAGUUGAAUACAUAGUUAGCUAGUGAAUUGCAAAAUAUAAUUUUAGCAGAUGCAUUAGUCUUGAAGCAGCUAAGUUUUGAGCGGGUCUGAGUAGCUAAACUAAUAUAAGUGUAGAUCCCUCCGUCAUUCAUAUUAAAACGUGCCUCACGCAGCAUUUUGGUUCCUACCAA